AGUAGUUCAGGUGUCGCCAUGCCGCAAUUAACCUUUCUACGGCGUGUAUUUUCGCGUCGCACCUAUCUCUACUUCCUCAGCAUUUCCACUUUCCUCUGCUGCGCCGUCUUCUCUUUCCUCGCUUACAUCGUUCUCUUCCACCAUGUGCUCCCGAUGCGUCGCGCCUACUGGCUCGAAACCGACUACCAACGCGCAAUGCGAGACGCCAACCAGCAAGAAAAGGUCGCCUCGCGCCUCGCAGUUGGGAGCAGACCGCGGCGAAGAAUCCAGCCUCUCAUUCACGAUGUCCCCCCCUUACAUGCCUGGAAUGCCGGCCACACGAGGGUAUACAGCGAAUGGCUGGGCCUGAACCGUGACGGUACGGGAUCUUUUGUACGGAAGGGCCCGGAAUACUGGAUAUAUCUUGGGGGAACGGCUAGGGAGAAGUCGCGCGAGGAAGAGCAGGAUCCGACGGUUUUCACCCACCGGUACAGGAAGCCAACCUGUGCCGAUCCACCGUAUAUAUGCGACAUGUACAAUACGGCUUUUAAUCGCAUCUCGGAACGCUGGCACAAUGCAUUCGGAUACCAGACCAUGGCAUUCGGAACCACAAAACCGCUUCUCAGAUAUGCGGACUGCGAUAUUUCGCCACAGUUCUGCAGCUCGCGACACUGGGGCCUCGGCUCUACACCUGUGCUCUUGGUCCAUCUUAAAGUCAGCGACCCGUGCGAUUUCAGCAUGAAUAUGAGGGGCCGAUGCACGGGCACCUGGCGCUUCAUUGCGCUGCCGAUGCUGAAAGCGCCCUGGACGCGACAAAUCCGGAUCUCCUUGGACAAGGGAGGCAGCACGGUUGUACCUGCAUUUCCAAAUGCCGAAGAGCAGAUGUGGUCGCUCAUGGCGCAAUCCGGUGCGCUAGAUGGCUUGCAAUACAUGAAACAUAGUAAUGACAGUUUCAGCCGAAACAGCAUUGUUACCGUUGAGCCUGUCGAAAACGAUAAGCCGCGAGUUUCUACACCCUUCGGGCUCGUCAGCUGGGCGGUUUUCCGCGAUUUCGUGGAUAAUCCGCUCAAAUAUCCAGAAUGGCUGAAAGAAGCGGUGAUUAAAUGCUACGUUGAGAGAUGGGCGGACAUUUUUACGAGGUGGUGGGAUGGGGUGGAGGAUGUGGUGCGACCCAGAUCGUGCGAAGGGGUUGAGGAGGAGAGGGCGAGGGCGAAGGACGCGAGAGAAGCGUUCAUCCAGUCUGAAAUGAGGAGACGGGAUCAGCUGGAGGCUCGUAUGAAAGCUAGAGACCGGGCCGUAGCGGAUGAUGGAAGUAUGGGGAGAAGAGGGGCUGAGUUUUUGAAGUAGAGCCGUGCCGCAUGUUAAAAAAAGCGUCUACAGUUGCCUCUCUGUACCGCAAACAUGCCUACGCUACUUCUCGCCGAGUACUCAAGGGUCGACGAGUCUUCCUCCGGAAUUACCUCCAUACGCGUCUCCUCGCUCUCCCGGUAGAGGUCACUAGUCUCGUCCUCUCAUUUAGCUUCCAUGGGAAUUGCAUCUGAAAUCUCGCCAGCGGGAAAGUGUAUUGUGGAUCACUCGCUCGUGGAUAGCACAGCCUGAUGUCCUUCACUUCGCUUCGCUUUAUCUCUUGUCCUUUAACAUUAAAGCAUAAGUUUCAGACAGGCUCUCCUAUCGGUGAUAAUCAGAAAUGAUCGUUCUUGA